CUCUAUCGCCUCGCCCUCCCUUCACUCACCCCAUUCAGACACCCUUAUCGCAGAUACUUUAAUCUUACAAUCACAGUCAUGGCUUCUCUUCUUAAGAAACCAUUGAAGCUGGCUCUAGUCCAACUGGCCGCAGGCGCCGACAAGACAGUAAAUCUUGCGCAUGCUCGCUCCAAGGUUCUUGAAGCCGCCAAAGCCGGUGCCUCUCUUAUCGUCCUUCCGGAAUGUUUCAACUCCCCCUACGGUACCCAAUACUUUCCCAAGUACGCCGAGACAUUGCUUCCUUCCCCACCCACCCAAGAACAGUCCCCCUCCUACCAUGCGCUUUCGUCCAUCGCCGCAGAAGCCAAGGCCUACUUGGUGGGUGGUAGCAUUCCGGAACUUGAGCCGGCCACGAAAAAGUACUACAACACCUCGCUGGUCUUCUCCCCCACCGGUGCCUUGAUUGGAACCCACCGCAAGACUCAUCUCUUCGAUAUCGAUAUCCCCGGCAAGAUCACCUUCAAGGAGAGUGAGGUCCUGUCCCCGGGUAACCAGUUGACCGUGGUAGAUCUGCCGGACUAUGGUAAAAUUGGACUGGCUAUCUGCUAUGAUAUUCGCUUCCCAGAGGCCGGCAUGAUUGCGGCUCGGAAGGGCGCCUUCAUGCUCGUCUACCCGGGCGCUUUCAACACCACCACCGGUCCGCUGCACUGGUCGCUGUUGGCUAGGGCUCGCGCCGUUGAUAACCAGGUGUAUGUGGCGUUGUGCAGUCCUGCUCGAGACAUGAGCGCUUCGUACCACGCCUACGGUCACAGCUUGGUUGUGGAUCCGAGCGCGAAUGUGCUGGCCGAGACAGAGGAGAAGGAAGAUAUCAUCUACGCGGACCUGGAUAACGAGACCAUCCAGAACACGAGGAAGGGUAUUCCGAUCUACACGCAGCGGCGAUUCGAUCUGUACUCGGACUCGACGACCACUGCAGCCCACGACAGCCGACACUUCUGUCCCUCAUUCAAAAUGUCCGCCCCCGUCAAGACCGGCAAGAAGACUCGCUCGGCCAUCGCCGACGUUGUCACCCGCGAGUACACCAUCAACAUGCACAAGAGAAUGCACGGUGUUUCCUUCAAGAAGCGUGCUCCUCGUGCUAUCAAGGAGAUCCGCGCUUUCGCUACCCGUGCUAUGGGUACCACCGACGUCCGUGUCGACCCCCAGCUCAACAAGAAGGUCUGGGAAGCCGGUGUCAAGGGCGUCCCCUACCGUCUCCGUGUCCGCAUCUCCCGCAAGCGUAACGACGAGGAGGGCGCCAAGGAGAAGCUCUACUCCUACGUCCAGGCUGUCAACGUCAAGGAUGUCAAGGGUCUUCACACCGCCGUUGUCGAUGAGGAGUAAAUUACUCUUCUCCUUCAUCGCUUAAAAAAACAACAACAUCAUGUAUCUUAUUCCCCCUAAAAAAAUGGAAGCCCUGAUUCUUUGCAAGCUUGACGGGUUCUUUCCUUUUUUCCUUCAUGAUGGAUGAUGCAACGGGACGGGGUUCGGCUUUUUGGAAGAGAUAAUAAAAAAAUUCCAAAAUCUCCUUCCAUUUUUUAGUACUAUAUCAGUAGAAGAAGUAAGGUUAUUGAUCGACAGUGUUAUCGUAGUGGUAGUAUCUAGAUUGGAGUCUUGGUGGAGGACUGUGGGCUAUCAGCUACCAUGUCAUGAUUUUUCCUAAAGCAUGGUUGUAGUUCGUGGUGGUAGUGGGUCACACACACACACACACACACACACAGACACAUACCCUUAUGCCGUAGUAUCAGUCAACCGCAGUUGUACG